UGGGUAGUAGAUGGGAGGGGGUCACAAAUGUGUUGGUGGGAUCCUGGAGCCUGUUAUCCUCCAGGCUCUGAAACCGUGUUGGAAGGAGAAGACAGUUGUAUAUAGCCCUUGAAAUCUGACCUGAGCCCAAAUUUUUUUCCUGAUUCUGUGAGACCAGGAUGGCUGAGAGCCCCCCCCAUCUCCUCCCUGCUCCUCUCCCCAGAGAUGAAUUCCUCAAGUCCUCCCACUUCAAAAUUGGGGCAGACACCCGCCUGCAGGAGGGUUGUAUGGAGACGACUUUUAGGAGUUUGUUCCCUCCCCACUGGGGCUUCCAUGCAGCUGCUCCCUUCUUGCCAAAGUCUAGCAAGAGGCUCUUACAUCAGGACUUGGAAAACAUCGAUGAGUUUGGCAAUAGGAUGCAUGUAAACUUUCCUGUUCAUGACAUAAACAUCACACCAUCAAACAUCAACCAGAUGAGCCUAACCAGCAGCCUGAAGAUGCACGGGGACCCCCGAAUCAACGUCUUCAAGACCAUUUUCCAAAAGGAAUACACCGCUCCAGAAGCUGAGACCUACAUUUGUCACAAGGAAUCCCGCAAGCUGUUUGAUAAAGACAGCUUCCCCACUGGAGACAGGGACAAGUUGGGCAUCCCUCUGUCUCACAAUCGCGAGGUCUUCGUGGCCAAGCACUUGAUCCCCCAACCCCGAGUUCCUUCCCUACACUUCGGAGGAACCUCCCCUCUGAAGUGGAUUACGGAAUCUCAUCCAGAAAGCUCCUAUCAAAAGGAAUUCCAAGGGAGAUCUUCUUCCCCGGCCCACAUGUGUGAGGAGCUGAAGUCCAUCCUGCAGUUAGGAGACCGCAGAAUUGGCUUCCAGGGAAUCCAAUCAGAGCAGAAGAAGUCCUAUCCUCUUCAGGACCUGCCCCACUACAGAUAUAACAAGAAAGAGGCUGCAGCCAAUAUUUUACAGGUGAACAUCCAGCCUGGUGAUGGCCAAACCCGUGCUUAUCUCCCAGGUUACAAGAUCAUGGCUUCUGUGGAGACCAAUGAGCCCAUCUUCAAGUACUCAGCUAAAAAAGAUUCAGUAAUAAUGAGGGGAGACAGAGAUCCUGAAAGAUGCCGGGAAAUAAGCAACUUCACCAAUCACCACCACGCCUUUACCUGGGUGAAGCCUAAAUAUCCCAUAGAGCGAGUGAGAGAAGGAAAAAGUCAUGUGAUUUUUGGGGAUAUAAUUCCCCAGGCUCAGUACAUGGUCACUACACACCAGAAGACUUACUUAUACCCCCAAAAACCUUCGUCAAAGUCAACCAGAAGUCAUACCUUCCUGAAAAGUCACAUCAAGAUGGGUACCAACGAGAUGGACUUCCUGACAUCCUCAGGAGCAUUUGGGCUUCAUUCUUUCAAGAAGAAUCUAAUGUCUAAAGAGAUAAAGCAAAAGACUGGAGAUACCCACAUCCUGCCUCCUACGCAGGACCAGGAAUUUUCCACCGAAUACAAAGACAGCUACCCUUUCAAAUACAUUGGCCCAUGUAUGAGGCCAGGGGUCAGCUGCCAGGAGAGCAAUGUGAAACUGGGCUUGCUCCAGAAGCACUGGUCGGGCAGAAGCAUGGUGAUCCCCGGAUAAGGAGUGCCAGUCCUGCCUCUGUGGGCAUCCUCCCUGCUUAUCACAGAUUCUAUCUACCAUUAGUCCAUUACAGACAACUGUCCCUUCCUUGUCACAAAUCUUGCCUCGCCCAGUCACAGACUGUGGCCUCCCUCUUAGAGCAAAAGGAAAAUAAAGUUUUCUCUAAUUUGAA